UUUGCACCGCUCGUAAAACCAUGAAGAAGAACAGUCCGCAGCCAUAACCUGAAAUCUGCUUUUGUCCGGACCUUUCGCCACAUCACAUUCUCUUUACACACACGCCGUGCUGGUUGUUCUGCUGUGUUUCAGCACCAUGUCGUCCACGGAGCGUACAGACCUGGGUCGGGCGCUCUGUAUCAUCACCGGGGCCUCCAGAGGCUUUGGCCGGACGAUAGCGAGGGAGAUGUCUCGGUUGGUGAAGCCGGGGUCGGUGCUCGUCCUGGUGGCCCGCUCCAGUGACGACCUGCGGGCUCUGCAGACGGAGCUGGCCGAGUCGGAGGAAGGGAGAAUAGGCCUGGUGGUUGAGUGUGUGGUGGCGGAUCUGGGUCAGAUGGAGGGACCGGAGAGCGUCGUCAGAGCGUCUAAAGACGCUUUGACUGAGGAUAUAGAUCACAUCAUACUGGUCAACAACGCUGCCUCUCUGGGUGAUGUGUCCCGCUACGCCAAAAGCUUCACCGACAUGGCAGAGGUGGACUCUUACUUGUCUCUCAAUGUCAGCUCUUCCCUGUGCCUCACCGCCAGUGUCCUGCAGGCUUUUCCACAGCGUCCAGGUCUGCGGCGCACCGUGAUCAACAUCUCCUCGCUGUGUGCCCUGCAGCCUUUCCGCUCCUGGGUGCUGUACUGCACCGGCAAGGCUGCCCGAGAGAUGAUGUUCAGGGUACUGGCAGAAGAGGAGCCGGACCUCCGGGUGCUCAACUACUCUCCAGGGCCUCUGGACACAGCCAUGCAGGAGGUGGCCAGAUCCAGAACAGCUGAUCCCAGCAUCAGGAAGUCUUUUUCAGACAUUUUCACUCAGGGCCAGCUGCUCACCUGUGAGGUGUCCUGUGCCAAGCUGAUGAAGCUGCUACUGGAAGACAACUACACAUCAGGAGCUCACAUCGACGUCUAUGACCUGUAGCCAUAACAUGAGUACUCAUAGCCAUUUAGCAUUGGGCAAGAUUAAUUAUAUGUGUGCCUUGAUUUUAAUUGAAUACUCAAUUAAUUUAUACCUUUUAAUGACUACAUUUAUAAGUGAAAAAGUUAAUAGUUGACUCAAGUUGCACUGUCAGUUUUUCUCUGUAGGUUGUAGCCUUCAGUUGUUAAACUGACCAAUAUGAGAGGAUGAAAUAUCAAACUGAUGUUCAUCAACAUCAUCUUAACCACUAGGCCCCUGUGAUGAAUAAAAGCUAGAACAGAAACUGUAGCGUAAGCUUAAAACUGUAAAUGAAAAAAACUAAACUGUAAAGAAACCACAAAUACAACCAAACCAACGUUAUAAACCAAAAAUGAGAAAUGAAGACUUUAAACAAUAAGCCAAAACCAUAUGCAAAAAACAAAAACUAAUUCUGAACAAAAAACACAAGAGAAACAAAAAAAGAAAACAGGAGUUACCUAAGCCAGGUUUUUGAUUCCCCACAACCUCCAUCUUUUCAUUUGCAUUAAUCAGAACCAGUCCAGACAAGUUGGGUGGGUGGGUUUCCAGUGUCAGUCACUUGAUAAGUGGCCUAUAGCACUCAUUGAGACCACUUCAUUUCAAAAUAGGACUAAAAUUGAAGACCAAAAUGAUUUUAAAUGUAGUCACAUCAAGUUUAUUUGUAAAGUGAGCGUCUCAAAGGGCGUUAAACGGCAACGGUUCCCCCAGGGAACCCCCAGGUUAGUUAAACUUAUCUGGAAGAGAAAACAAACUGUGUCUUGUAAACAUCACAAUUUAUAGACAGGCGUACUGGUUCAAUGUAGACCUACGGUACUUACUGUAGUGGUACACACAGUUUUCUUGUGCAAUGAGGGAUUAUUAGCAAUAUUUCAGGUGCACUCACUUUCAGUUUUACCUCCAAAUAUAGUGGUUUGACUCAGUGAUUCCCAACUAGGAUUACUUGUACCCCAGGCAGUACUUCUGCAGUUGCCAGGGGUUAUGUGGACAGAUUUUGGAUUAGCUCUGCUAAUUUGGAAAAACAUCAGUAUGUAAAACAGCCAAAUUUCAUAGCAGAAUCAAUUAAUUUCAAUGGAAUUGCUGCAAUCAGCUGAUUUACUCAGUGGGGCAAUUAAAUCCACACAUAUAAUUCACAUUGAGUUCAUCUUUGGUAAACUUGCAAAUUGUGAAUUUGCACCGCUGACCAAUAGCAGUGCCGACCUUUGAGGGGACAGAGAAUCAGAGAGUCCAAAAUGGAGGAAGCUAUCGUAGCUUUUUAGCUGUGUUGCAUUAUCCACUUUAUUCAAUCUCAUCUGUCGGAGUAUAAACUGACCCACAAAGGAGGAAUGGUUUGAGACAAGCUAUCAAUGGUACAAAUACGUCUUUUGAAUAAACUUGUUGAAGAUAUUGUCCCAUUGGUUGAUUUCAUGUAAUAUCCACCCUCACUUUGUGAUAGCAUUUAUUUAAUGAAGUGCUUGUAUUGUCAAACCGGUAGCCCCAAAACAGUUUACUGUAUGUUUAUGUUAUCAGUUGAUAUUGUCAUUUUGAAUGACCCCAAUCUGUGUCAUUCACUAGCAAGGACCACACCAUCAACAGAUGUGUUUAAAGUGUUUAAAUGAUUUAUUAACAAAAAUGAAAGGUAAUGAGCGCAGCUUGAACUUGUACUUCUUCAGUCUGUUGCUGUGUUGUGGGGAAGCUUCAGUGGGGAAUCCGCCAUAGUACCAUAGCUUUAAGGUGCCUUACUUGUGAUAUCUGUUAAAGUAUGUUAAUGAGAUGCUGAAUAGUUAGUUCUGAAUAGUUAGAUUAGUAUUAAUGCUGCUGUAAUGCUGAUGCUAGUCAUUUCAAUAUGUGAGACAAAAUGUGGUCGUGUUCCACUUUUUCACACAUUCCUCAAUGUAUGAUUUGUUAUUUUUACAUAAAUGUUGAUGGGAAAUUAUUGCUUUGUAUGUGCUUACCUCAAGCUGUUAUCCAAAUCAGUUUUGUAAAUUUGAUACUGUAUAUUAAAGAAAUGCAUUACUGAG